AAGAGCGACGUGAUGACGUGGCGGAGCGUACGUGAGCUGUCAGUUGGCGCCGGGGAGAUGCAGUCAGAGUCAGAUGGCGUCCCCCCCCUCCGUGCUAUUGGUCGAGGCGUUCUACGGCGGCUCUCACAAACAGCUGAUUGACCUGCUGCAGGAAAACGUGUCCGGCUGCUCCGUCUGCUCGCUGCCCGCCAAGAAAUGGCACUGGAGGGCGAGGACAGCAGCGCUGCACUUCAGCCAGACCAUCCCCCGCUGCCCGUCAUACAGAGUGGUGUUCUGCAGUUCGGUUCUGAACCUGUGUGAGCUCGUAGCCCUCCGACCGGACCUGGCCCGUCUGAAGAAGGUUCUGUAUUUCCACGAGAACCAGCUGGUUUACCCCGUCCGUAAAGACCAGCAGAGAGACUUCCAGUAUGGAUACAACCAGAUCCUGUCAUGCCUGGUGUCAGAUGUGGUGGUGUUUAACUCGGCCUACAACAUGGACUCCUUCCUGUCCUCCAUCUCGUCCUUCAUGAAGAAGAUCCCGGACCACCGUCCCCGAGACCUGGACCAGCUGAUCCGUCCAAAGUGUGUCGUCCUGCACUUCCCACUGCAGCUGCCGGACGUCAGCAGGCUGCUGCCCAAACACAAACUGCUCCGCAGGAAGUCUCACGUUGAUGACGACAUCACGCUGCACGACCAGCUGCUGUCUCCACGGUUUGAAGAGCUUUCAGAGCAGGAAGAUCCCCGUGACUCCAGACCUGAACCAGGACCAGAAGACCAGGACCCCGGGGACCCCGAAGUCCUGAGGAAACCUCUCCACAUCGUCUGGCCGCACAGGUGGGAACAUGACAAGAAUCCAGAGCUGUUGUUCUCCACUCUGAUCAAACUGAAGGAGAGACGAGUCAACUUCCAGCUGUCAGUGUUAGGAGAGACUUACACUGAUGUACCAGAGGUCUUCGGGGAGGCGCGGCGUGUGUUGGACAGCCAUAUCCUGAACUUCGGCUUCCUGUCCAGCAGAGAGGACUUCCUGCGGGUGUUGUGUGAGGCCGACGUGGUCGUCUCCACCGCCAAACACGAGUUCUUCGGAGUCGCCAUGUUGGAAGCGGUCCACUGUGGCUGCUAUCCUCUGUGUCCCAAGGCUUUAGUGUAUCCCGAAAUAUUCCCAGCAGAGUACCUGUACUCCACACCUGAGCAGCUGUGCAAACGGCUGCAGGACCUUUGCAGGAGGCCAGAGAUCGCCCGCAGACACGUUGUGAAGGUGGACGUGUCCCGCUUCUCCUGGGCGUCUCUGAAGGAGAGUUUUGAGACUCUGCUGACGGCCGACUGUCCCUAAACGCACCGGCUGUUCAUGAACGUACCGGCUGUUCCUGAAUGCACCGUUUGCUCUGAAGGAGGCGUUAUUAUGGAACCCACGCAACUUCUAGGAAGGACCCGCCCUUCAAUAGCAUUCACGCGCUGCUAUUGGCCAGGCGUCCAUGCUUUCGCUAGGUAACAUAACCUGAUUUGUUCAGGUCCUAACCCCAACCAAUCGGCUGCUUCGUGGGGCGGGACUUGCCUAGAACUUACGUGGGAUCCAUAACGCCUGAAGGAGUGUUGUGAGACU